AUGACGACGACGGUGAUCAUCAACAUCAAUAGCGAUUAUCAACGUAGAUCUUUUAAUGAAGUGGAUAUUGGAAAGGCUGCUUUAACCACCCUUAAUUUGCUAUCAAAUACCUUCUUCUCCAUUGACAUGGCUCACCUUAACUCAAUCUUUUCUCAAGAGUUUAAGGAUUUGGUAUGGGCUCUAAUGGAAAUUGCUGGGAAACCUAAUAUUGCAGACUAUCUUCCAUUGCUUAAGUUCAUUGACCCACAAGGUUUACAAGGUCAGACAAAAUGUUAUAUACAGAGGUUAUUUGAUAUAUUUGAUGGGAUUAUUAAUCAAAGGUUGCAAUUAAGAGCUUCUGUGUCUUCUCCAACUAUUGAUGAUUUCCUAGAGGUGCUUCUCAAUCUCAGGAAAGAAAAUGAUACCCGGUUGAGCUGCGAUGACAUAAAACACUUAUUUCUUAGUGUUUAG